GACCCGUCCCUCCCGAGCCCCCACCCCUGCCCGAGCCGGCUGCUGGCUCCGCCCCCGCCCCGCCCCGCCGGAAGGACACGUCCUGGCCCAGCGCGCGGGUUUGGGACUCCUCUCCCCGGGCGGAGAACCAGCGUCGCUCGCGAUGGAACCGAGUAGAUGCCCGCAGGACGUGCGGGACCCAGUUCCCAGGGUGGACGCGUAUGGGUUCGAGCGGCCCGAGGACUUUGACUACGCCGCCUACGAGCAGUUCUCCGCCUCCUACCUCGUGGUUCUCGCAAGGAGAGCGGCCAAGUGGUCCCGGCUGCUGCGGGGCGGUCGCGUGGUUCGAAGGAGCGGCACAGUGAAGCGCUACGUCAGGAAGGGGGUCCCUCUGCAGCACCGUGCCCAUGUCUGGAUGGCUGUGAGUGGAGCCCAGGCCCAGAUGGACCAGAACCCUGGCUACUACCAGAGCCUCUUGCAGGGAGAUGGGAGUCCAGAGCUGGAGGAGGCCAUCAGGACAGAUCUGAACCGGACCUUCCCAGACAAUGUGAGAUUUCGGACGACAGCAGAGCCCUGCCUGCAGCAGAGCCUGUACCACGUGCUGCGGGCAUAUGGAGCGCACAACCCAGGGGUGGGGUACUGCCAGGGCAUGAACUUCAUUGCGGGGUACCUGAUUCUCAUCACCGAAAAUGAGGAAGAAUCUUUCUGGCUGCUGGAUGCGCUGGUUGGAAGAAUACUGCCUGAUUACUACGGCCCCCAGAUGCUGGGCCUCCGGACUGACCAGCAGGUGCUGGCGGAGCUGGUCCGGAGGAAGCUGCCGGCCGUGGCCGCCCUGCUGGAUGGGCACGGAGUGCUGUGGACACUGGCGGCGUCCCGCUGGUUCAUCUGUCUCUUUGUGGACGUCCUGCCCGUGGAGACCGUGCUGCGCGUCUGGGACUGCCUUUUCAACGAGGGCUCUAAGGUCCUCUUCCGCGUGGCCCUGACACUCAUCAAGCAGAACCAGACACUGAUUCUGCAGGCGGCCAGUGCGCCCGACGUGUGCGACAGGUUCCAGCAGAUGACACGCGGCCCCUUUGUGACAGAGUGCCACACCUUUAUGCAGGUGUUCUCUGAGCCGGGCAGCUUGCCCAUGGCAACCAUCACCAAGCUCCGGGAGACGUGCAGAGCCACGCUGCUGGCACAGGGCUGAGCCCACUGACGACCAAGGCUCUGCACCUGGCCAGGACUGUGAAUGCUGUCACCAAGUCCAGGUGCUGGCCACACUGACAUGGCCUCACUGGACCUGAGUGUAGACUUCUUCACAGUGACAUGGAAUGUCUUCCCACGACCUUUGGCUGUCAGCUA